CAUGCCAAGUCGCCUGAACACGGACUGCAGCCAGCGCUGAAGAGCCGUCUGUGUGCUCUUUGGUUUUAUUUAGAAAAAGCCUGGAACAACUCCACAACGAAGAAGCCGUCUAGCGAUGUUAAAGAACUCCAACAGCAGGAUCAUCUUCUGCAGUAAGCAACUAUGGAAGUACGAGGAAGGAAAGGGUCCGUCGAAAUUUCCGCACCUAAGCCAGUAGGAACUGAGGCAUUGAGGAACUUCACCAUACCCAGGAAGAAGCGGGUGUCUGGACAAGUCCUCCUGGAGCCUUGUCUCGAAGACAGUCAUGAUUACACUCUCAUUCAGGCUAAACUGAGAGAAUCCAGAUUAGAAAUGAGGAAGGAGCACGCUAACGCCUGGCUGUGGAAAGAUGUAAAAUUAAUACACAAUGAUGGGUUUCUUAAGGAAUUCUCAGAAAAAAGGUCAGAGAUGCGUUCAAAAGGUAGACACGGGAGAGAAAUGGAAGAACGUUUUUGCUUCUUGGCAGCACCUUAUGAAGCAACAAGUCAAAUUUACCAGUUUGGAUUAAGGACUGGGAGCCAGGACCAGUAUUUUUUGGGAAAGUCCUCACAUGGGGUUUAUUUGUUUAAGCAUGUUGAUGUGGCUCUGAAGCAUGCAACGGCAAACACAUGUAGUAGGAAAAAUCUGAUAGUUUUCAAGGUGCUCUUUGGCAAGGUGAAAAAAGUGACCCCAUGUUUGGAGUGGAACAGAACCGUAGAUCCUAUGGUUGGCUUUGAUUGUCAUAUGGCAAAAGAUGCUGUUUCUUGUCGUGACAGUCUUUCUCAGCAAGUUUUCGGCUCAUCGGUGUUUCUGUUUGACUACAGUGAAAACCAGGAACUCAGCAAACGGCCAAGGCAAUGUUUGCCAUACGCUGUGGUUUCAUUUAGUCCAGCCAUUAAUGCUACAGCACCAACGUCCAUAAGUCCACCUGUUUCACCCACUAAACCUUCUGCCGGCCUUAUGCAUGGCCCUCGAGAGCAUUUGAAAGGCUGCACUGUGGCUAAGAGAACAGGCAAAGGAGGGAAUGCCACAGUAACAUUCAAACGUUUUGCAACACAAGGCAGCCCAGGCGUGGAGUACCAGUCACACACUCCAAGAGCAGAGGUUAAUGGAGUAGAUGCUAAUCCAUUUCAAUACGACGAUCUGCAACCAUGUCCUCCUUUUUUCCCUCAGCAGCCGUGUAUGCCUUAUUAUAAUACAGCAGAAUAUUUCAAUCUUUUACUACCGUAUUAUGACAGUGGCAUUCCAUGUCAGAACUAUAUGGACAAGCCUGCUUUCCUUUCAAAUAUACACAACCCGAGCACCACAAGUAUCUAUGGAGGUAAUACAGACACCUUGGGGGUAAUACCUCAAACCUCAGCAGAAAAAAUCUCCACCAUAGUUUAUUCAUCCCGUGUGGUUAAGGACCCAAGGCUAUCCAGGAAAGAAACAAACAUACAGAAGAAGAGCUCAGAAGAAGAAAGAGCAUCUAGUGUUCCAGAGUGUGAGGAACAGGGAUGCCAGACACACUCACAAAGCCAAAAAGACGAGAAUGAAUUCACUUUAUCUGGUGAGAAACAGUCACUGGAACUGGACAAAGAACACAAAGAGAGCAGGUUCGCUAAACCCUCACUGGGUGACCCAAGCAAAUCCAAUCCCACUGCACAGCCAAAGACUGAAAAUAUGCCUUCAAUUAAGUUAUUUAAGAUGAAAUUUCAGAAAUAUGCUCCAUAUUUCAAGAUGACAGAGGAGGAGAGGCACACAGCAAUAUGGUCCAAAGAAAAUUUAACCCCAGAGCAAAAGCAAUUAUUGCUUGACCAUAUACAUUUCUAUGAGAUGCAUCACCAAAGGUAUAAACAGGGACUGCUAUUUCACAAAGACACGGAGACAGAAACUGCUUUCAGUUUGUCUCAUACAAAGCCCCAAAACAAUGACGUCUGCCCAGCCACACUGCAACAUUCCCCUUUAAUGACUCAAGGAAACCAAUGUGAAGUCAAUCAGUCUCAUAUGAGACAUUCAGUAAGUGCUAAUGUUUCUAAUUUGACACCCACAACAGUUUUGGUGGACACAGAGAUAAAUAAAGUAGAUAUUCUGAAUAGAGAUAAUGAUAAGUUGAGCCAGAACAUUUGUAGACCAAAAGAAAACCGUGUGCAGGAAAAAGACCAGGAUCCUUCUUCGAAUUCUCAGAUCGAGCCUCAAGAUGAAAGUGUGGUUCAAUCUGUAAAAGAGAAAGAAUGGAUUUCAGAGAUGUUCAUUGUGCAGUGCAGCAUGCAAUCAAAUCCUUCAGAGAAAAGCAAAACUUUAGAAAGUACACAUGAUUUUGCACAAUCUUUAUGUCCUUCAGUACAAGCUGAGAGAAAUAACCAAGAUGUCCAUGAAAGUGAGAACCUCACAAGUCCAAAAGAGUCCUUUGCACGUAAGCCUACACUAAGUAAUACCAGAGAAGAUCAUCCUGAAUUUGAUCAAUACAUAAUAGCUAUGGAAGUGGCAAACUGUGUUGACAUCUCAGAUACUGAUGUACUAGAAUGCAGUGACUGCUCCGAUGCUACUGCAAUGGAGCAAGAUCAGGAUAGUCAAAGUCAUACUGAAAAACGAGACAAGGGCACAUUGACUGAUUCUAUAUCUGAUACAAAUUCUGAGAUAUCUAUAGAGGUUGAGAGCGGAGAAGCACAGCAACACAACACUAUGUACAAUGCAUUAUAUAAACGAUUACAGCUAGAUCAGCUAUUGUCCAAUUCAAAUGGAGCAAACGUUUACUCCACCAAAUCUUAUCUCAGGCCAAAAGGUCAGGACAAAACCCUUGUCAUCAAUCUACCACAUAGUCAAGUUAUUGAACGAGUGUCAAAGGAAGAAGAUCAGCUUUUAGUUAAGAUAAAAUCCAGCCAGACUGCCCCAGAAAGACUUAUGCUUUCUGAACGAUUCUCAAAAUUAAGAUGCCUUGGUCAGAAGCUAGCAGCUUUAGUUCAUGUAAAUAGGCUAACCAACAGCUACACAGCUCAUCUCAACGGAGAUAUUACAUGUAAACCAGAAGCACUAAUCUCAUGCAGCGAUGAAGGAAACGGAACAGGAAACAAUAAUGCUGAAUUGAUUAGACUCAUGGCACAGAGGUACAAUGAAAAUAGGUUCGUUGCAAACUGUAAACGCCUUAAGCAGAAACGUUCAGCGGUUCUGUGCAGAAAAGGCUUAAUCACCAGUGUACUGAGUAAAAGAACUUCAGGUCGAUCGCCAUUUCAUUUUCAGAGGAAGACGAAGCAUAUUAGGAAGAGUCGCUUGCUGAAAGUAAAGAGAACUCGUAAAACAAAUCCAGCAUUAAAAACAAGUUCUCGUGGUCGAACUUCGUUUAGCAACUUGACUUCUGAUUCAUCAAAUGGCCUUUCAUGUACCGAGCCAGCUCAUGGUGUUGACAAAGAUUCUGAUUCGCACCUUAAUUCAGCUGCUGCAGCAUCUCAGUCUCAGUCUGGUUCUCAAAGUAUUGGCAAACUUCUGAAUAAGAGGUCUAGUCAGAAUGAUAAUGGCACUGAUGUUUCAACUGAAGAGACCUCCUGUGUCGACAGAGAAAACAAGACUAGACACAGUGAUGAGCUCAUUCAAACAAAAGGACAGUGCAUUAACCCUGCCAAACAAUCAACAGAAAUUGUCGAUCAUGAUGUUUCGAAGAUUUCAAACCAUAACGCUGUUAAAAAAUCAGAGGAAAACAUCACUUUAGCUUCUAAAGAUCCAGUAAUAAUUGAGGAAAUGGAAACAGAUCGCAGAACCAACGAUAACAAGACCGGUCAUCGAGAAAAAUCCUUCCUGGCCACUUGUUCUGGCAAUAAUGAGUCACAUAAUGAGUCAAGUAAUGUUGAGAUUGCAGAAGUGGAACACAAGGAAGAUGCAUUGUUACAGAAAAAGCUAUCUCAGGAAGGCAAUUGUGACACUAAAAAGAUUUCACCUGAUUAUAACACUGGAGCUUAUGAGGACACGAGUAGCCCUGUUCCCACUGUCUCAAGUAUCCCUCGUGAUAUAACCUCAGGUAAUGUGAUCAGCAGCUGCACUGCCAAAGCCCAGACAGCCAUGACUCCAGAUUCACCUAGAGUAAUGAAUAAUGAGACAGACACACAAACUGAGGCUGGGAUUCUUGUUGACAAUGCUAUGGACAAUUCUGGUAGUGGUUUAAUGAAAAAGGUAUCGAGCACUAACAAAUCAGUGGAGACCAAUAAAACUGCCAGUCUUCAAGACAGAGAAUUAUACAGUAAUCCAAAGAGCACAAAUGAAAAGGAGUCAUUUUCAAGAAAUGAGGUGUCAGAUACAGACCAGAACUGCUUAAAAGGUGCCCAGGACGUCGUUGCAGGGAUCUUCACACAGAACACGAAUCAUCUUUCUGAGCUAGCAUCAGGUUCUCAAUGGGAUAGUAAAAGAAGUGGGAUAAUGAACUCGCUUGUCGAAACGACAUCAGAUUUCCACAGUAGAAUCGUUAAAGAUGCACAAGAAGGUCUUGCUGGGAUAAAGGACAAUCUGCAUUCAGCCUGGCAAGGACAAGACAAAAAUAGCCUCCCAACUACUUCAGAGACACAAAUCAUUUCUAAACUGAGAGAUUAUUUAAACAAAUUUGAAUUCGCUGUCAAAAAACAGGACGUUGUCAAUAACUCAGUAACGGAGGCUCAUGUUCCAACGGCAUGGAUAACUUUAGAUAGUACAGCUCACAAACAGCAAUUACACAACACGAGACACUACAGCAUACAGGGUUUGGCCGAUUUCACACAUCGAGAGCAUGAAACUGGACAUUUCCAAGUAGCCCCUACCAAGCACAAGCAAAGUGAUAAGGACAGCCAAGCGAACAGCUCUACAUUAAAGAGGAGGAGAACGAGCAAUUUGGAAAGGGUCAGUCCAGACAGUACUUUUACUGAAACAGUCAGAAAUGAGCCAAAUUCACAUCUGGUAAAUACAGACACUCAACCAUACCAGGCUGCCUCUGGUGUACCCAACAUGAACCACCGGUUGCAAAAUCAUGGACAUAAACGACAGGAAAAUCAGAUCAUCUAUCCCCAAGUUUUAGGAAAUCUAAGCACAUCAAGUGGACAGCAAGGAAAGGGGUCAAGAGAACAGCCAUGUCAAGUCAAUCAAUCAAAUGAACAAACCACAUAUGAAAACGUACAUACCACAUACAUCCGGAAUACAUACAGUGUCACUGAUAUCUCCAACACCCUAAAACUGGCUGACCAUGCAGUUUCCUUGACAGAACUUGGUCCCUUGCAGUCAAAAUGCCAAAGAAUGCUCCAGCAUUUUAUCUCCAACUUUGAACAAGAUCAAAAGGUUUCUUUCCAACAGUGCUGCAUUUCAAAAAAUCUAAUCUUGGAAAAAUAUUUGGACCAUCCUCCGGCAGCAGUGGAAUUGAAGUUUGAGGCAAUAAAUUCUUUCUUGGAACUACAGAUGAUAAUUGAGGCCUGCCAAUUUGUUGACAACAAAAUCAAUUUUCUGAGACGAAAACCAACAUUUAGGAGUUUGCUCUGGUAUGAUCCUUCUCUCUAUGGUGAACUCUAUAAGGGCACUGUUGGGUUUCAACAACAAUCAUCAUUGUUUUCAUCGUUCCAGGAGUGCCUUACUAACGAUGACUACAGAAGAUUGCAGGAAUACUAUUGUGCAGUGUCCACUUUUCACCAGCAGCUACAAGAUGCCCCUGACACAUCGUACUACAUGUACCUGAAAACCAAGAGAGACAGGCUCGAAAUCGAAGCUGCAUUUAGAAAUCCCUCAGAUGUUAAGAGCUUCUUUUUAUCUGUACCACAAGCCAUCAUGAUCAAUUUAGGAGACAGCUUGGAAGUUUUGAAAAAGACGCACGAUAUAGUGAUGACGUUUAUUGAGACACCAGCAGAUCAGUUGCCAGGCACAUUUGAUGUAGGGAAAGCUGAGCAUCUGUCCAUUAUAUGCAGGUAUCUUCAAGAAAAAAUCCUCUUCAUGAAAUCCCCUCAAGAAAUUACUAAAAUUUCAUGGUUCGGGAUGGAACAUCUUCUUUAUGAUGCGUCAAAGGUGCUUGUAUGGAGUGAAUCGGAGCAUGGGAUGCCAAAUGAAGUGUUGACGAAAUACAAUAGGUUAAAUUCACAAGUUGUUUACGGGGUAACAGAUGCUUGUAUAGCCCUUGUUAACAAAGUUGAUGAGUCUCCACAGCCUAUGGAUAUUGUGAAAAUCACACCACCACCACCACCACCACAAAUGAACGCUAUAAGAAUCCCAUCAGCAGGGGUAUCCUCGGAAAGAACUCAAACCGCACCGAACAUUCAAAUGGAAGAUGCAACAAAAGAAACACGUCAACCACCCAGAAGAAGAGCAACAUAUCCAUGCCCAAGAAGUAACUUCAGUGAUGGUGUUACCCCACUUAUUCAGCCCAGUCUGGCAGCCCAACCUAGAAGCUCACCUCCUUACACUGAUUUUACCCAAGGAAGUAAUGCACUGCAUUGGAAGAUUCCCAGAACUCCUGCUUGGGACUGGAGCCCACCAGACACUAUCCAAUCAACAGUACGCUCCGAAAUAAGGGCAAUGCUUUUGUCUAAGAGGAUACCUACAGCACAAACAAAACCGAGGACAACAUCUUUGACAGAUAUUCAAAACGGCCAUUCUUUCAGACAGCAACGACUGGCACAACCAUUGAUUGUGAAACCUAGACCAGUUGAGAGAAAUAAAUCUCAGCCAACAAUUAGUGCACCUCAGCAUCCGGAGCUCUUACAAGAGCAAGCAAAGGAGUUCAGCAUGCCUAUGAUACCACCAUUUCCUCUCCCAAGUUUCUACCCAGAUGCACCCUCAAUAAUCCCUCCACCUCUUCCACCAAUGGCAUUCUCCAGCAAUUCAAAUCAAGUCACGGUGCAUAACAAUCCAACACCAAUAAGCUACCCUUUUUUUGUCUUCAAUGGGCAAACAUACUCCACUACAGGCUCUUCGAUGCCUGUGUCAGCCCUUCAUACUGAAACUCAGUAUCUUCCUCGCCCUCUUUAGAGAGAGAAAAUACAGUAUUUGGUAUUGUUAGAAUCUGUUCUUUUUUUAUAUACCGUUAUAUCCUUUUUUUCAAAAUCCAGAGGUUUCUGAAUCUUCCUCCGAUGUUAUUACUCUAGGACACUCUUGCUCUAAUCUUUUAUAUAAUAUCCUAUUUCUUAUGUUCUUAUGUUAUAUAUUUA